AUGCCCAGCGGGAACAUGCCGGACACAUCGAACCACAGCAGCGGGACAGAUACGAACAGCAGGCCGAUGAGCGGAAAACCACAUUACGACCCCGUCAGCCGACAGGGCCGAGCAGCCAGUCUGGUGCUCGACGACGACGGGCAUAUUGCCUAUCCGUCAGAAGUGCCACCGGCGGUAGAAUCGCCUGCCGUUGGCGUCGACACAGCCAACGACUACUUUCUGUCGGAGAUGGUGCUGCAGCGGACAGGGACGACGACAAUGACGGGAAUGACAGCAAUGACGCAGUCUGAGCGGGCCUCCCAAGGACUCCCGCGCUCCGAGAGUGCUACGGUGCUGCACGACUUGGCCAUGGAGAGAGAGCCGCGGCCGCCGUCGGCAGCGUCGGAGCGGGGCAGCAGCGAGUCGAGGCGGUCGCCGGGAUUGGAUCUGGGGCCGGUUGUGGCGCCACCCCGGCGCGCCCGCUUUCUGCGGUCGUCGACCAUGCCGCUGCCGGCAAGGGGCCAGACGGACGAGUUUGUGCUCUUCCAUGAGAUGCGGCGGACGUCGACGAUCAACUGGAAUGCGGUCGACGAUGACAGCGACCUCGAGGACGGGGCGACCGGGCCGUUCUUCUCGAGCGGCGGUGCCGGAUUGAUCAGACGCGGCCUGCACGAGCACAUCAAGCAGCAGAACGAGCGAGAACAGAAGAGGCAGCAGAGCCAGGAGGAUCAGCAGGGUCAGCACGAGCACGUGCACGGCCACGACCACGAACAGCAGGCCCAACCUCCCUUUUCCGGCGGGCAAUUCUGGAGAAAGAGGGUGCUGCGAAAACCGGACUCGCAUGAAGUGCAAGAGGACCCGGGCGGCGGACAGACCUUCCGCCGCGACGGGCGGCUCCCGAUCUCGGUCAGGGACACGAGCCACACGGGUUACCUGGCCAAGGCAGUCGGGGCGGCAGUGCGCAAGAUGACGGCGCGGGAGAAUGGAGUGCUCAGCGACCUGGAAGGAGACGUGAGCACGGCGUCGACAUUCGCUGCCGGCGAUGGCAAAGCGACGGCAGCGAUGUCGCCGGUGGAGCGGCUGCUGCUCCAGCGGGCGCGGCGGCCAUGUCCGCGGCUGAACAUUGUGAUCAUGGUGAUCGGGUCCCGUGGCGACGCGCAGCCGUUCCUGAAGAUCGGCAAGGUGCUAAAGGAGCAGUACGGGCACCGGGUGCGGAUCGCGACACACCCGGCCUUCCGCGACUUCAUCGAAAAGGACGCCGGGCUUGAGUUCUUCUCGGUGGGCGGCGACCCGGCGGAGCUGAUGGCGUUCAUGGUCAAGAACCCGGGCAUGAUCCCAAGCCUGGAAUCGGUCAAAGCAGGCGACAUUGGGCGACGGCGGGCGAUGAUGGCCGAGCUCUUUCAAGGCUUCUGGCGGGCGUGUGUGGAGGCUACAGACGACCCGACAGACAUGCGCAACCGUAACAACAUGGGCGAGCGUGAGCCGUUUGUGGCGGAUGCGAUCAUUGCAAACCCGCCGAGCUUCGCGCACACGCACUGUGCGGAGGCGCUGGGGAUCCCGCUGCACAUGAUGUUCACGUUCCCAUAUACGCCGACGCAAGCGUUCCCGCACCCGCUAGCCAUCAUCAAGCAGUCAGACGUGGACCUGGGCUACACUAACUUCAUGUCGUACCUGUUGGUGGACAUGAUGGUGUGGCAAGGGCUGGGCGACCUGGUGAACGACCUGCGGGUGAAGACGCUGGGACUGGACCCGGUGUCGCGACUGUGGGCGCCGGGAUCAGCGUACCGGAUGCAGGUGCCGUUCACGUAUCUGUGGAGCCCGGGACUGGUGCCGAAGCCGAGUGACUGGGGCCCGGAGAUCGACAUCUCUGGAUUUGUGUUCCUGGAGCUGGCGGCGUCGUUUGCGCCGCCGCGCGAGCUGGAAGCGUUCUUGGCGGCGAGCCCGGAGCCGCCAGUGUACAUCGGGUUCGGGUCGAUCGUAGUGGACGACGCAGACCGGUUCACGGAGAUGAUUUUUGCAGCAGUCAAGCUGGCGGGCGUGCGGGCGCUCGUGUCCAAGGGCUGGGGUGGGCUGGGCGGCGGGCAGGGCGGCGCGGUGCCGGAAGACGUGUUCAUGCUGGAGAACACGCCACACGAUUGGCUGUUCCCACAGGUGCGGGCGUGCGUGAUCCACGGAGGAGCGGGCACGACGGCGAUCGCGCUCAAGUGCGGACUGCCGACGAUGGUGGUGCCGUUCUUUGGCGACCAGUACUUCUGGGGCAGCAUGAUUGAGAAGUCGGGCGUGGGGCCGAAGCCGGUGCCGUACAAGCAGCUGACGGCCGAGCGGCUGGCCGAGGGGAUCCGACAAUGUCUCGGGGCGGAGGCACGACAGGCAGCACAAGCGGUAGCGGAGAGCAUUGCGGCAGAGGGUGACGGGGCGCUGAACGCGUGCCGGUCAUUCCACCGGACGCUGCGGCUGGAGGGUCUGAGCUCGAUGCGGUGCGCCAUCUUCCCGGACCGGAUAGCGGUGUGGCAGAGCAGACGCGGCAACAUGCGGCUCGGAGCAGCAGCAGUCGAGCUGCUGGUGCAGGAGGGCCAGCUGAGCUACGGUAAGCUGCGGCUGCUGCGCAACACGGAGUGGAACGACUUUGAGGGCCCGGGCGAGCCGAUCUCAGCCAUCUUCGGGGCGCUGGCCAAGAGCAUCCAGGACGGGCUGCCGUUUGGGGCGGCAGAGGCACAGUGGCGGCGGAAGCGAGAAGAGCAGCGGGCCCGGAAGAGGGAGCGCAAGAUGGCGAGGAAUUCGGGGGGACGGGCCAGCGAAGUCGGUGACGAGGCCGUGGCACUGCUCUCGGCCAUGGGCUACGGGGCGAGCAAGACGGCCAAGGCGCUGGUGCUGGCGCCGAUCGAGCUCUGGUUUUCCAUCUGCCAAGGCUUCCACAAUGCACCGCGACUGUACGGCGACGACACGGUACGACAAACGCCACGGGUGACGGGCAUCAAGAGCGGUUUGCGGGCGGCCGGCCGAGAGCUCGUGCUUGGUGUAUACGACGGCGUGACGGGGCUGGUGUUGCUGCCGGUGCGACACACGCGCAACGGUGGCGGCAUGCACGGCUUUGUCAGCGGACUUGGCAUGGGCGUCAUGGGGUUCUGUCUCAAGGGCAUCGCAGCCGUGAUUGGGCCGAUUGGGUACGCGGUUAAGGGGCUGGCCCGCGAGAUGGAGAAGACCGGUCGCUCGACUAAGGGCGUGCGUCGGGCCCGAAUUGCCCAGGGACAGCGCGAGGUCCUGGCCAUGGACGGCAAGACGAGGCGGCACCUGACCCAACAAGCAGUGGCCGGCUGGGAGACGAUGCAGGCGCUGUACGAAGCCGUGCAGGGGGGAGGGAAGAAGUGGAAGAAAGGAGGGGGCGAAUCGGGAAAUGCCGAAGAAGGCCGAGGAAGAGAAGGUCGAGUAAGGGAAGAUCGAGGAAAGGGCCACCACCGACACCCAAGUUUUCUGCCGAAUCGCGCGCUAGACGCAGCCCUGGAGAGUGCGGAUGUGGCAGCCGUGGCGCUGGCAGCAGUGCGGCGCGGUGAGACGCUGGAGAGCGUCAUGGGUCGGCGGAGCUAUGGACACGCGCACAACCAUCACUACGAGCGACACCAGCACCGGAAGUCGCUGACGGCGGCGGACGGGGGGAGGCGAUCGGAGGGAGACAAGCACAAGGCCAGGAAGGUUGGACAGGAGGCCGGACAGAUGCCUCAGCAAACAGUGGAAAUUCGACUAGACGGCGCAGCAAUUUCAGAACCAGCGGACAGCACAGCCACGGAUGUCGGAGAAGGAAGCAGCGCCGACAGCACCAUUGCCAAGCACCCAGAAGUGGUACUGGCUCGAGAGGGGAUCGUCCAAGGGGAGUAG